CUGUUUUUGCUUUUUAUAAACAGCAAGAAAAGAAAAGAUCUUAACUGUGUGAUUUUUUUUUUCCUUCCUCCCCAGAACUGUUUUCAUGCUGGGUGUGGUGUCACUUGCCUUUAAUUCCAGCACUACCACUCAGGAGGUAGAGCCAGGUGAAUCUCUGAGUCCUAGGCAGCCUGGUCUACAUAGUGAGUUCCAGAACAGUCAGGACUAUAUAGAGAAACCCUGUUCAAAAAAGAAUUAUCCUAGCACAAAGGAACAAAGGCAGGCGAUCCUCUGUAUUUGAGGCAGCCUUGUCUACAUACUGAGUUCCAGGCCAACCAAGGAGAGCUAAACGGUGAGACCCUAUCUCAAAACAAAACAAGGCACCUUCUUAAAAGGUUUUGAAAUUUUAUAUCCUGCUUCUCAAUAUGCAUGUCAGUUUUGCUUCUUUGUGCUUAUCAAACUACAAGCACAUUCACAUAUUUGCCUUCAGAGACUUAGACUCUUAUAGUGAAGGGAAGCAGCCUAUCCACGUAUUUAUUAGUCUCCUGCCUUGAGUCAUGGGAGGAAUUCCCCAGUACAACAGCAUUCCUAAGUAUAGGGGUAGGACAGUAGACAGCAUGCUUUGAGAAGGGUGGAGUCACCACACCACAACAAGAGCUCAUUUGUUGGGCUUAAAAAUACCUUGACUGUAUCGCCCACAGGUGAUGGAGGACGAGGAGAAUGCAGCGGAGAGCUUGAUGAGCAACAUGGAAGCUGCUCAUUCUCCAUCCCCUAUCCACUGCUGCUGGCUCCGCCUCCGAUACUUGGCAGCUACUAGCAUUAUCUGUGGCUGUUCUUGCCUGGGAGUCAUGGCUCUUGUGUUUGCUGUCAAGGCAGAAGAGCGGCAUAAGGCAGGCCAGUCGGAGGAGGCCAUAUACUGGGGGGCCCGGGCCCGGAGACUCAUUCUGGCCAGUUUUGCUGUCUGGUUUGCUGUCCUUGUUCUGGGUCCCCUGCUGCUGUGGCUUCUCUCCUACACCAUUGCGCAGGCUCAGUAAUCCUGGAUGGCCUUUGCUGAGAGCCAGUCAAGACCUGGAUCCAGUCCAACAGUGUGGCAGUGCUCGGUUCUGGUGACAGGAGUGGUUCGUGGUUCUUCCUGUCUGGAAGGACGUUGCCUUUCUCGGGAGCCAUUGGAAGAGCCCAUCUAGGCUACUCAAAGCACCUGAGACAUCACGGGGAGGUCAGCCUGCUCUGUUCUUUCAUUACCCUCUGCUUUGUCUCCCCUGCCCCUCCAUCCUAGGAGCCUCCAUUCAGAGAAAGGGUUGAAAACCAGGCUUGAUUUUAUUAGAAUUUGUUUUGUAAU